AUGAGUGGUAGGUCUAUGCAUUCUGUUUUGGUUGGGCUUGUGUGCCUGGCCAUUGCCUCUGCUGUUUGUUGUUCAAGUGUUGGAAGCUCAAACAACAUCAUGUGCUUGGAGAGUGAAAGGCAUGCUCUUCUCCAGUUCAAACAAGGCCUUGUGGAUGACUCCAAUGCUCUUGCCUCUUGGAAAAGUGAGGAGAAAGAUUGCUGCAAGUGGAGAGGAAUAGAAUGCAACAACCAAACAGGUCAUGUUACCAGUCUUGAUUUCUAUUCUGUUGAAGUUCCUUUAAGUGGUGAAAUUAGUCCUUCACUACUUGAAUUGAGAUAUCUAAAUUACUUGGACCUCAGUUAUAUUGAUUUUGGAGGAAUGAUCAUUCCUAAGUUCAUUGGCUCUUUGAGUCAAUUGAAAGAACUCAAACUUGCAGGUGCUAAUUUCAGUGGACAUGUUCCUCCCCAACUUGGAAACCUGUCUAAUUUGCGCACUCUUGAUCUUUCCUCCAAUGAUUUUGAAGGAAUGAUGAUUCCCAAAUUCAUUGGCUCUCUGAGUCAAUUGAAAGAACUCAAACUUGCAUUUGCUAGUUUUAGUGGACAUGAACCAUUCCCAAGUUCAUUGGCUCUUUGA